ACAAAGGCUCGCGUACUCCGCCUGCGAAAGGGGAGACGAGGCGAAGACAGAGGCGGCGGCCGGCGAUGCUGUCGGCGCGGAGCCUGCGGAAGGCGACCAUCCCGCCGUCCCUGCUCUCCGACCCCUCGCCGGGAUGCCUCCGGCCCACCCGCCUCGCCGUCCACGUUAAUGGCGCUGGCGACACCUGUUCCGUGUACUUCGCCUCCGGCUGCCGCGUCUACAAGAUCGAGAUAUCCAUGGAAGGAGAGAUGCUGUCCAGAGGAAAAGAGAGCCUUUUAAUUCCUAUCAAUGCACAGGUCAUAAGCUCGUCAAUUGUGGACCGUUGCCCACAUCGUUCAGAGAUUCAGAGUGUAGUUCUGGCAGAGGGUGAAGGUGAUAGCUGCUUGAUUCUGGGAACUGUUGACUCUUAUGGCCACCUCAUUGUAUCUCGUUUGGACACUGUGGCUGAUGACAUUGACAGGGCAUCCUAUUCAGUACCACCUCGUGAUUCUGGUGUCGGAGAGGGAAGUUGGGCUGGGUUGUGUUUUGGUCCAACACAGCAAUCCACGGUAGCUGUUGCUCGUGAAUUGUGCAAGAGUAUUGAUGUCUAUGAUCAAGACAUUCAUCUUCGUAGUUUACGUACGUUAUGGUAUCCAUCUUCAGUUACCUUUAUUCAAAAAUUUCCUCAAGGGAGCGAAAGUAGUUCAAUGUUGGGAAUUGCUGAGGGUUCUCAGCUGAGCCUAUGGGACUUGAGAAUGAAUCACAAUGGUGGAUGCGUACAGCGCAUUUCUGGUCCCGUUGGAGGUACCAUAUAUUCUAUCUGUAGUUCUCCUUCAGGACUGAUUGCUACCGGUGGAACUGAUCGUGCUGUCACUAUCUAUGAUCCUCGCAGGUGGUCGGCCUUAUCAAGAUGGGUGGGCUGCUCCAAGUAUGAGAUUACAGGCAUUUCAUUUUCUUCAGUUGACCAAUCUUUCAUAUACGUCCAAGGUGUUGAUUAUGAGAUUACUUGUGGGCUUUGGAGGGAAAGUAAGCGAGCAUUCUCAUUUCGGGGGGAUUCAAACUGGCUUGGAUUUUCAAAGUGUGCGAAUACUGAUGUAGUAGCUGGGUGGUGCGAAUCUGGAAGUAUCUUCAUUGCUGAUGCCCAGGAUCAUCUCUCGGUGGAUUGGUAAUGCGAGUUUGCAAGCAUCCUAUCAUCCGAUAACACAGAGCCUGAUUAUUUCAGGUCGGCGGAGCGGUGAAUCAGCUGAUCAAGAGGAAUUGGUAUCUAUGAGCCGCAGUGUUGUCUGAGAAUUGCCUUAGAAGGAUCAAAUGUUCAAGGAGGGCAUAACGUCCUGAUCAAUUACAUUUUACAGGUGUCUAAAUAGAGAAAUUGAACUGAUGUCUAAGUUUGGAAUCCAAUUUUUCCUACGAGCUGUGCACAAGCGGAUAGUUAAACCCCGGUUAACGGUAAGUUGAAUUCACACCUAUUAGCUAUUGAUUUAAUGCUAUCUUUCAGGUUUUGUGGGGUAGAAGUGUCUUAUUCUGCAUGUUAUUCUCAGAAACAUGCUAAUAUUUACAAAAUUAAAAUUUGAAUGAUGCUUAUGGUUC